GACUGCUUAGUUAGACCACAGAGAGGAAACUGUCCCAUUCCUGACUUUGCCCGUGGUGUUUUCAGCCAUCUGGGUGUAACUAGAAGCAGAAGUUUGUUCUCUCCAUUUGUGACCUCUGUUUAAGAGCACAAAGAAAGGCGCCUUUGUCCUGCUAAUAAGAUUACAAAACUGAGUGAAUAAACCAUGACUGAAAGGCAGAAGCCACCACCACCAUCUCACACUGGACGAAGCAAUGUCCCACCCAUAGUAUCUAAUGCAGAAAGUGAUGCUCUACCAGAGUUUGAAGCCUUUAUGCUACUUCCACGGGGUCCUCCCAAUCUAAAAGAUUUCCUUGAAGUAAUCGACGUUGACAUGAUGAAGAAGCCAGAUGAAAAUAAUAGACAAGAGCACCAUACCAACCUUUAUGAUAGCAAUCACCUGAUUAUAAGGCGAGGCAAACCAUUUCAGAUUAAAAUAACAUUCAAUCGCACUUAUAAACCAGAAAAAGAUCAGUUCUGGUUAGAGUUUCUUAUUGGUCGCUAUCCUCAAGUGAGCAAAGGAACUUAUAUUCCUAUAAUGCCAGAACAAGAACAAGAACAAGGAAAAUGGAGAAGUACAUUGCUUAAAAACGAAAAUAAUUCAGUCACCUUAUCUCUGUGCCCAAAUGCUGACUGCAUUGUUGGAAAGUUUCGAAUGUACGUAGCAGUUAUGACGCCAUAUGGUAUACGGAGAACACCCAGAGCACCUGAAAGAGAUGUCUACAUCAUUUUCAAUCCUUGGGCAGAAGAUGAUUCGGUAUUCCUGAGUGAUGAAGAGGAGAGAAAGGAGUAUGUACUAAAUGAAUAUGGAACCAUUUAUUAUGGGGAGGCAAGUAAUGUGGAAUGCAGACCAUGGAAUUUUGGUCAGUUUGAAUAUGGAGUUUUGGAUGCUUGCCUUUAUGUAAUGGACCGGGCACAGAUGCCCCUGAUUGGAAGGAGUGAUCCUAUAAAAGUCUGCCGCCUCGCUUCUGCCAUGGUUAAUGCCAAGGAUGAUGAUGGCAUUCUUGUGGGUAACUGGAGCGGUGACUACACAUAUGGGGUGGCUCCAACAGCAUGGACCGGGAGUGUGGAAAUCCUAGUAAACUAUGCAAGUUCCAGGAACCCAGUAUGCUAUGGACAGUGCUGGGUCUUUGCAGCAGUCUUCAACACAUUUCUUCGUUGUCUUGGAAUACCUGCUAGGGUUGUAACAAACUUUUUCUCUGCUCAUGACAACAAUGGAAAUUUAAAAGUUGAUGUUAUUCUGGAUGAUGAAGGCAAAAUCAACACAUAUUUAACCAAAGACUCAAUUUGGAAUUACCAUUGUUGGAAUGAGUGUUGGAUGACUAGACCAGAUCUUCCUGCAGGAUUUGGAGGGUGGCAAGUUGUGGAUGCAACUCCACAGGAAACAAGUGAUGGGCUGUACCGAUGUGGACCAGCUUCUGUUCAAGCUAUAAAACAUGGGCAAGUUUGCUUCCCAUAUGAUGCCCCAUUUGUUUAUGCAGAGAUUAAUAGUGAUGUGGUUUACUGGAAGAGGAAUAAGGAUGGAACUCAAGAAGCCAUUAAAGUCAACAAACAGCAUGUGGGGCAAAUGGUAUUGACCAAAGAAGUUGGCAGGGAUGCCCAGAAGAACAUUACUGAUCUUUACAAAUUCAAAGAAGGAAGUGAAGAAGAAAGACUCUCAGUAGAAACUGCUCUUACAUAUGGCUUAAAUCGGCAAACAGUUCAUAUGGAAGGAAAUGAUGUUGAUAUGGAGGUGCGUCUACAAGAUGCUAUCUUAAUUGGAAGUGACUUCAAGCUGAACCUGGAAUUCAGAAAUCGUUCAAGAGAACGCAGAACAAUGAGUAUCUAUGUCAAUGGGAAUAUUGUAAUUUAUACUGGGGUUACAAGCAAAGAAUUUAAAUCUCAGACUCUGAAAGUUUCUUUGGAGGCACAGCACACUCGAGUGGUGGAUGUUUCAAUACAAUCAAAAGAUUACAUUAACCAUCUAGUCGAGCAGGCAAUGCUUCACUUCAUUAUCACCGGCCGUGUAAAUGAAACAACACAAAUUCUGACUGAGCAGAAGGUCAUCUCUUUUCAGAUACCAAAAUUAACAGUUAAGACAACAGGGAUGCCAAGAGUGAAUGAGGAAAUGUCAGUAACAGUUGAAUUUAAAAAUCCCCUGCAGAAAAAUCUGGAAAAUGUCUCUCUUCGCUUAGAAGGACCUGGGCUCAUGAAAACUAAAGUGAAGAUGUACAGCCUUAUACCACCUAAUACCCCUUUGACUUGGACAGAGUACUUUGCCCCAUCCAAACCAGGGAGGAGGAAACUCAUUGCUUGCCUGGACUCUGAAGCUCUUCGUCAGGUUUAUGGAGAGACUGAAGUCAAUGUUAUGGUCUGAAGAAGGAAAGGAAUCUUAUGCAAUCAAUCACCAACCAAGCAAAGAGUUAAAUGAUAAACAGAAGUUGAUUCCAGACUUACAAGAUUGCAGUCUUGUUACAUAACAUUUAACUUGCAAAUAUUUUAGUUGGAAUGUCAGGAAGUAAAAACAUAAUUAGGCUGAUAUCAAAUUAGGCUAAUUUGAAAUUUUAUUCAUCUUUAUAAAUUAGCAUAACAAAGGCUUUUGAAGUCUAAAACUAAAAAUAUACUGAUGACGUUUGUCAUUUGGAUCAAACCACAUGUAUGUUUAAAGGAACCUAAUUGAAAUAUAUUCAAAAUAGCCUACAUAGGAUUGCUUUAAGAAUGCUUGCACUUAUUUUGUUUGAAGGAUUUAUAUUUUCAAUACUAAAGGUCAUUAGAUUUUUUUUUUUUUUAAAUAUAGCUCUAUUCAUGAUGCAUUUUGAACUAUAAAACUAGAAUGCCAGGCGUCAAAGCAACUCACUAAGAGGUCAUACAAUGUUGGGCAGUGACUAUUGAGUUUGAAGUAUGUUGUCAUUUCAAGGCUCUCUCAUAAGCCCCUUUGCUGCACUUCAUAUUGUACAAUAAUUGCAUCCGAUCAGAAGGUUGAAUUGCAAGAGGUUGUUAA